AUGGCUGAUGUAUUGCCUUAUUGCCUCAUUCAUAAAAUACUUUCUUACCUUACUUUUACAGAAGCAGCCCAGAUGAGUAUUCUCUGUAAAACGUGGCUGGAAGCCUGGUUAACUCUUCCCAACUUGGAAUUCACAGUUAAUCAUCUUAAAGGCAAUUUGAAAAUAGUUGAUAAUAUCAUGAAGAGAUAUAGUGACGGAAAAAUCCCUAUUGAAAAGUUUGAAUUAUCAGACUCUAAUUAUUCUCGGGAAGCUUUCCUUUUGUUUGAUAAGUGGCUUGAUAUUGCACUUCAGAACGGUGUAAAAGAUCUCGUCCUUAGAGUUCCUCCCUAUACGUCAUACCCCUUGCCUAUUUUCACAAUCUUGGCAGCAAAAUCUUUAAGACAAUUGGAUCUGGAUGGUUGUAAUCUUAUGUCUGUUUCGUUAUCUAGUGGUACGACCAACUGCCAUUCGUUGAGAAAACUUUCUCUAUCUUUUUUAAAUUUAGACGAGAACAUGCUUCAGACUCUACUUAAUAGUUGUCCCUUGAUUAUCAGUUUCAUCUUCCAUUAUUGUGAUGGGCUGGAAAAGAUUGAGCUACUAAAUCUUCAAAAGAUCAAGUCAGUUUCUGUCAAGACAUUUGGAAACCAACGUGUUAAAAUUGAAGCACCAACUCUUGAACAUUUGUUUUACUUUGGUGUUGAGGAAGAGUAUCCUAUGUUGGAUAUAAUUGAUGCUCCAAAUUUGGUAUCACUAGAGUAUAUAGGAGAUCAAAUUCCUGAGAUUGUGGAUGCUAAUUUGCAAUGGAGUUGUCAUCCCAGGAGACUCGUCCUUGAGUCAACUAGUAAAACGAUUGCAUGUUUCAUGGACAGUUUAAUGUAUAUGCAGAUUUUGAGUCAUUCUACUUCUCAUGGAAGCAAGCCUUUGCAUAAUCAAUUACAAGAUGUAAAAGCCUAUAUAUUCGAUUGGGAAAACCGGAGAUGGCAUCCUGUGGAACUCGAAAGUGGAAAGAUGGCAAUAAGGACCCCUAGCGAGAGGGAUACAUUUUGUUUUGUAUUAGAUUAG